GCUAAAUGCCAUGGGUUCCCUUGGCUUCUACCUGGCUACUGUGUUGGCCUUAAUCGUGGCAGGCCGGGCUUCCGCUCAGUCACUCUUCACCCUUGUCACACCCAAUGUGCUGCGUGUGGGCAGCAAGGAGACCAUUGUGGUGGAAGCUCCUGGGGCCACUGCACCGCUGGAGGUCAAAGUUCGCCUGUGGGAUUUCCCCCAGAAGACAGCGCUCCUGGAUGAGGCUACCGCCCGGCUGGGUCCCAAGAAUCAGGGUCUAGCCUUGGUCACAGUCAAGCAGCAAUAUAAGCCCAUUUCCAUCUGUUUGCUGUUCUCUGGGAAAGGAAAGCAACUAGUCAUUGCCUUUUUCAUGAGAACCCUCAUUGCACACGUCCCAGCUGAGAGCCUGCCCAAGGACUUCAAGGGCAAACAGCAUGUCUAUGUCCAAGCUGAGUUUCCGGAUGCUCCCCUGGAGCAGGUGCUGCUUCUGUCCUUCAACUCUGGCUACAUCUUCACUCAAACGGACAAGACCCUCUAUGCUCCUGGGAACACAGAGAUCAUGAACCCAGAUGGGAUUGUCAUGGAGAAGUUUCACAUGAUCUCGAUGAACCACAGUGGGAUUAUCCCAGGGAAUUACAAGCUUCCUGAUAUCACCAACCUGGGAACCUGGAAGAUCGUUUCUGCUUUCCAGCAUACACCACAGAAGUCCUUCACGGCCGAGUUUGAAGUCAAGGAAUAUGUGAUGCCCAGCUUUGAAGUGCGGGUGGAACCUGAACAGAAUUUCUUCUACGUGGAUGAUGAAGAGUUAACCGUGGACAUCUCAGCCAGGUUCCUGUAUGGGAAGCCAGUGGAGGGCCAGGCUUUUGUCCUUUUUGGGCUGAUGAAAAAGGAGGAAAAGAAGAGCCUCCCCAGCUCCCUGCAGAAAACGCCAGUACUGGGCGGCAAAGGAAAGACCACCCUGACCCAAGCCAUGGUCCAGAGCCGGUUUCCUGAACCCCAGAAGACCCUAGAGUAUUCCAUCUAUGUGGCUGUGACUGUUCUGACAGACACUGGGAAUGACAUGGUGGAGGUGGAGAAGACUGGAAUCCCCAUUGUCAACUCCCGCUACAAAAUCUUCUUCUCAAAGGCAUCAAAGUACUUCAAGCCAGGCCUGCCCUACAACCUGAGGGUCAGACGAUCUUGGGGUUCCCCCAUUUCCUUGGUUCCUAUUUUCCAGCCCUUUCCUUCACCCCAGGCCUCUCUUUUGACCCAUCUCCAGGGUUUUUCUGACCUCCUGAAGCUGUGGGGGCCCAGAAGCCCAAAAUGGGACCCAAGAUGCUUGCUGAGUGGGAGGUCCUGGCCCAUCCAAAGUGAGAUGGGGCUGGGGGAUCCUCAGGGAUCCACUCAGCUGGUCGAUUGGUUCCUCCUCAAAUCCAGAGCUGGACCACCCCAGAGUCCACAGGGACAUUGGCCCAUUUGUGCCCCGGGCCAGGUCAGGCUUCUCCCGGGAGGGAGGGUAUCUCUCGGAAGCCUCCCGUCAUCCCAUCAUCUCCAUCAGGAAGCCACAAAGUCACACUUCUCUUGUCUUCUCCCGACGCAGCUUUCUGUGUCGGAUCCUGAUGGUUCUCCGGCAGCUGGUGUUCCCGUGUCCACUGAUGCUCCCUGGGCACUCUCUGGGGUGACACAGGCUGAUGGGACACUGGAGUUAGUCAUCAACACCCCUGUCCACGACAGUUCCUUGGAGCUGAGGGUCAGGACCACCACACCGCACAUCCCAGCCCACCGCCAGGUUUUAGCCUUCUGGAAGGUCCUUGCCUACCAGCCCCAGGACUCCUCCAAAAACUACCUCCAUCUGUCGGUGCCCAGGGGGCAAGCCCAGCCUGGAAAGCCCCUGAACGUCAACUUCCACCUACAAAGCAACAGUGCAGAUGUCCAGAGAUCGGUCGACUACUUCAUCUACUUGGUUGUGAAUAAGGGGAGGAUUGUGAAAGCUGGGCGACAGCCUCGUUUGGUUGGCCAGGGAUUAGUGAGCUUGGUACUGCCUAUCACACCAACCCUUAUCCCCUCCUUCCGCCUGGUGGCCUAUUACCGGGUGCCUGGGACUGGUGAGAUCGUGGCAGACUCUCUCUGGGUGGACUUGGCGGAUACCUGCAUGGGCACGCUACGGGUCACGGAGGCCACCCCUGGGGCUGGCAGGGUGCACCUCCCUGGUGAGCACAGCAAAAUCAAAGUUCAGGGAGACCCUGGAGCCUCUGUGGGUCUGGUGGUUGUGGACAAGGCUUUGUACAUCCUCAGCAAGAAGAAACCACUGUCCCAGGCCAAGAUCUGGGACGCUGUGGAGAAGAGUGAUCUGGGCUGUGGCUGGGGUGGAGGUGCCAACAGCAGAAGCGUGUUUGCUGAAGCUGGCCUGGGCCUGCAAACCCACUCUGGGGCCUGGAACCACCACAGAACAUUUGGGCCACGGUGGAGGAUAACUUGGCGUCGAAUUCAACAGACUGAGCUUCGUCGGGAUCACUUGCCAAUCUCAUUGCCGGAGACACACUGCUCCCCAACUGGCCACCGGCGUCGCCGCCGCUCUCCCCUCCUCUCCCAGGAAAAGGCAGCCAAGGCCCAGGAGUACCAAGACCAGCAGCUGAGACGGUGCUGUGAGGAUGGGAUGCAGGAGAACUCCAUGGGCUACUCCUGUGCUCGACGGUCCCACUAUAUCCUGGAGGGCCAGGCCUGUGUGACUGCUUUUCUGGCUUGCUGCCACCACAUCUUUGGGGGAGUCCUGCUGCCCAAAAAAACUCUGCUCUCCUCCAGUACCUCCAGCCUCUCCAAGAUCAUCAAGUUCAGAAACCCCAAAGAAGUUUUCUUAAGCAAUACAGAGAUGCUCUUAAAAACCUUUACACCUCUGGUCUCGAGGGAAGAAGUGGAAGAGGAAGAAGAGGAUGAGGAAGAAGAGGAAUUUUUGCAGUACGAUAAUAUCAUUUCCAGGAGUCAGUUUCCUGAGAGCUGGCUGUGGCAAAUGGAGACGCUGCCCCUGGAGGUGGAUCGGGAAGGAUUGGCCUCCAAAAUGGUGGACUUGUACCUGAAGGACUCCAUCACGACGUGGGAGGUGCUGGCUGUGAGCCUGGCCCAGGAGAGAGGGCUCUGUGUGGCUGCUCCCUACGACAUAACGGUGAUGAAGGACGUUUUCAUCGACCUACGGCUGCCUUAUUCGGUAGUGAGGAAUGAGCAGGUGGCUGUCCGGGCUGUGCUAUACAACCAUGCUUCCCAGGACAUUCGGGUCCGGGUGGAGCUGAUGCACAACCCUAAGCUCUGCAGCGCCAGCAGCCCCACCAGACCCUUCCAGCAGGAGGUCAUGGUUCCAGCCGGCAAAUCCCACGCCAUCAACUAUGUGCUGAUACCGAUAGAGCUGGGGGAGGCAGAGGUGGAAGUGAAGGCAGCUCUGCGGGGCUUCCCUAUGGAUGAUGGGGUCAGAAAGCUGCUGAGAGUGGUGCCAGAAGGGGUGAGAAUCUGCAAAACCAUCAAGAAUCUCAUCCUUGACCCCAGAAACAAGUCUGGGACGGGACAACAACUGGAGAGAGUUGAGCCUCUAGAUCUCAGUGAUGUUGUCCCCAACACGGAGCCGGUGACCUUCAUCAGCAUCAAAGGAGACCCCCUAGCAGACACAGUGGAGAACUCCAUCGAUGGCGCCAACCUACAGCACCUGAUCCGAGUACCCUCGGGCUGUGGGGAGCAGAACAUGAUCGGCAUGACGCCCUCUGUCAUCGCCACCCACUACUUGGAUGCCACAGGGCAGUGGGAUAGGAUCGGUGUGGAGCGGCGGUCAGAGGCCAUCCGGCUCAUCAAACAGGGAUACACCCAGCAGAUGGUUUAUCGCAAAGCAGAUGAUUCCUAUGCUGCCUUCACAAACAGGCCUGCCAGCACCUGGCUGACCGCCUAUGUGGUGAAGGUCUUUGCUUCGGCCAGUUCUCUGGUUCCCGUCAACCCAGAGGUCCUCUGUGGGGCUGUCAAAUGGCUGAUCCUGGAGAAGCAGAAGCCAGACGGGAAGUUCCAAGAGGAUGCGCCCGUCAUCCAUGGAGAGAUGGUGGGAGGGACCCGUGGCUCGGACCCCGAGGCCUCCCUCACAGCCUUUGUCCUCAUCGCCCUCGUUGAGGCCAAGGACAUCUGUGGCCAACUUGUGAGGAGCCUGGACAGGAGCAUCGAGAAGUCGGGGAGUUUUCUGACAAGCCACCUGGGUAAACUGAGCAAGGCUUACUCCAUGGCCAUCACGUCCUAUGCUCUGGCCCUCCAGGAUCCCACCAACCAGGCCCCACUACUACUGGCCCACUCCCAGGGUAUGUCAAGUGCUGUCCACCCCCACCCUCGGGGUCACCAUGUGCCUGAAAGGUCCCCCAAAACACAGAUGGUGAUUUGCAUGUUCAGGCAUACCAUUGGCAUUUACUUUGCCCAGCUCAUGUCAGGUGAGGGUUACUUCAAUUCAGAACACAGAAAUUCCCCCUCAACCCUUACUCUCUCAUCACCAACAACCCUCAACCUGCUUGCCUGCAGCCUGGAACUCCUAGGAUACCCUGCCCCAGGCCCAGCUGGCAGAUCAAUGGUGGGUGCCCAGGGAUGGGCUGAGCAGGCUUUUUUUGCAGGUGGCACUCACUGGCCUGACCCACAGUCCCACCUGUACACCCUGGAGGCCACAGCCUACGCCCUUCUGGCCCUGCUUAAGAUGGGGCGCUGGGAGCUGGCCACCCCCAUUGCCCAGUGGCUGGUGGAGCAGCAGUACUAUGGAGGGGGCUAUGGUUCGACCCAGGCUACCAUCACGGUGUUCCAAGCCCUGGCCCAGUACCAGCUGACCACACCCCCGGCACAGGACACAACCCUGGAUAUCACCCUGAACCUUCUGGGCCGUAGCCAUACCACUCAUUGGAGGAUUCACUCUGAUGACUCCAUGUUGGCGCGGACAGAGCAGACCAGACUCAAUAACGGCUUCACCGUGACGGCCACGGGGACGGGCAGGGCUACCCUGUCGGUGAUGACUGUGUAUUACCAGCCACUGUCAGAUGCCACGGCCCAGUGCAAGAACUUUGACUUAAGGGUCUCUGUGAGGAAUGCGCCUGAGAGUGAGAGGGCGAGGAUGAAAGCAGGGGAGGGCAGGGUUAAGAGGCCGGAGGGCUCCCUGGGCUCUGUGGACAUUGAGAUCUGCAUGAGGUAUCUAGGGGCUGCCGCCGCCACCAUGACCAUCCUAGACGUCUCCAUGCUGACGGGCUUCUCUCCAGACACAGGCGAUCUUGAGAAGCUGAGCAACCAGGUGGACCGCUACAUCUCUCAGUUUGAGCUGGACACCGCUCUGUCCGAGCGGGGCUCUCUCAUUAUCUAUCUGGACAAGGUGUCCAGGACCGAGGAAGAGUGUCUCAUGUUCAAGGCUCACCAACAUUUCCAGGUGGGGCUGAUCCAGCCUGCAUCCGUGACCAUCUAUGAGUACUACGCCCCAGAAAACCGCUGCACCAGAUUCUACCACCCAACCAAGGCUGGGGGUCUCCUCAGCACCUUCUGCCAGGAUGCUACCUGCCGCUGCAUGGAGGAGCAUUGCACCCUAAUGAAGAAAUUCGAGGGACAUGUGACUGUGACUGAGAGGGUGGAGGCUGCCUGUGAAGGUGGCAUGGACUAUGUGUUCAAAGCAGAGUUGCUGGAAGUGCAGCGAAAUGGCAUGUACAACUUUUACAUCAUGAGGGUCCUGGAGGUGAUCAAGGAAGGGAGCGAGGCCGGACUACAGGGAAAGAGUCGUCGGUUUGUCAGUCCCAUCGCUUGCCAGGAGUCCCUGGGACUGGUGAUGCAUCAAACCUACCUGAUCUGGGGCCACGGCCGAGACUUGUGGAACCUGAAACCUGAAAUGGCUUAUCUGCUGGGGAGCAACACCUGGAUCGAGUGGUGGCCCCACCCUGACGAAUGUGGAGCAGGGGGCCGGGCCACCAUGGCCCAGACUGGGAAGCCGGAGCCAAACCCAAGUGCCCGCUGCUCAGACCUGCAGGCCUUUGCCUUGCACAUGCAGACUCGGGGCUGCCCCAACUAAUGGGGCUGGAAGGAGGGCAGCCACUGUCUACUGCCCACACACUCUGUGGCACGUGGAAUGGAAAAGCCUGUGCUCGUAGACAUUGUCUAGAGGGAGGAGGUGAAUUUUGCCCUCUCCAGGGGCAGAUGACGGUCUGAAGGUGCCAAAUCUGUAUGAAUAAACCUGCUUAUAACAACUGUG